GGUGCUGCAAGGGGGGCAGGGACACCUGCGGGCUCGGGAGGGCUGGUCCCAGGUGCACGGGGACAAUGUCGCCGUUGUUCCCUCUGUGAGCUGACCUGGCACAGAAAAUCAGCACUCCUCUGACAGGUGGAAGGCGAUUCCCUGCCGGCAGCGGGGUCUGGGCAGCAGGGAGGGGUUGUGAGAAGUGGCAAGAGGGCUCAGCUGGGAAAGAUGAUCACCCAUUCAGGCAGCUCCCUGCAGUUUAUUUAAGCCGGGCUGCUUGCUGCCUGGUUUGAUGCUUUGUUUUUCUGCGUGGCUGCUCAACCCCGAUGCUCCUCCAGGAUGCUGCUGGGCCUCGGCUCCUGUUGCAACACCGCCGGUGCUGCCUGGCUUCCACUCUCCCUCCCACUCCGAAACUGUGGCUGAUUGCUCUCGCUUCCCUCCCUUCCUUCCCCAUCACACCUGGCUGCCCAGCCUCCCGCCCGCCUUUCCCCUGGGAUUUGCAGCCUGAUACCACGGCAUCUCCCAGCAGCAUCCCUCCCAGCCUCCAUGCCUCUGCAGCCAGCAGCAUCUUCAGCAUCCGACCUCCGCAGCCUCGAGAAAACGUCCUUGGCAUUAGCUUCAAGCCCUACAGCCCAGAUUCCGCCCCGGCCCCGGCCCCCUGCACGACCUGUGAGAGCACACGAUCCUCGAUGUUCAGAGCUCCCUGCAUGAGCCAGCGGCGGCUUGCGCUCAUCUUCUGCGUCUCCGUCCUCAUCGUGCUGCUCGUCGCCCUCAUCCUGCUGUUUAUGUUCUGGCGCUCGCAGACCGGCAUCGUGUACAAGGAGCCCGCCGAGAGCUGCAAGGACAGCCCCGUGCGCUGCAACGGCGUCGUCGACUGCUCGCAGAGGAGCGACGAGCUGGGCUGCGUGCGGUUCGGGGCCGACCAGUCCCUGCUCCACGUCUACUCCAGCACCGAGAGCCAGUGGCUGCCGGUGUGCAGCAGCUCCUGGGACGAGUCCUUCUCCAGGAAGACCUGCCGGCAGCUGGGCUUUCAGAAUGCAUCGCAGACAGAAUACAUCCCCCUGCACGUCGCCGGCAAGAGCCUCACGGUGACGAACGAGCGUGACACCAUCCAGCAGAGCCUCAACAGCUCCCAGUGUCUCACAGGAAAGUACGUCUCCCUGCGAUGCACAACCUGCGGGCAGAGGAUUUUGGGCCGGAUCAUCGGAGGGAAGGAAACCUCGGUGAGCAAGUGGCCCUGGCAGGUCAGCGUGCAGUACGGGCCCAUCCACAUCUGCGGCGGCACCAUCAUCGGCGCGCAGUGGGUGCUCACCGCCGCGCACUGCUUCUUCAUGAACAGCAUGAAGAUCCUGGAUGACUGGAAGGUGUACGGCGGGGUCUCGGACCUCAAGCAGCACACAGAGGGCAUCCCCGUCUCCCAGGUCAUCAUCAACUCCAACUACAGCGACGACCACGACGACUACGACAUCGCUCUCAUGAAGCUCUCCCGGCCACUGACGCUCUCAGCUCAGGUGCGCCCAGCCUGCCUCCCCAUGCACGGCCAGCGAUUCCAGACGGGCAGGUCCUGCUUCAUCACCGGCUUCGGGAAGACCAGGGAGAACGAAGAAAACACCUCCCCGAAGCUGCGGGAGGCCGAGGUGAAGCUCAUUGACUACAAGAUCUGCAACAGCGACAAGGUGUACGAGGGCUACCUGACCCCGCGGAUGAUGUGUGCUGGGUACCUGCAGGGGGGAAAGGACGCGUGCCAGGGUGACAGCGGAGGGCCCCUGGUCUGCGAGGACAACGGCCGCUGGUACGUGGCCGGGGUGACGAGCUGGGGUACGGGAUGCGGCCAGAGGAACAAGCCUGGGGUCUACACACGUGUGACGAAGCUCCUCACCUGGAUAUACAGCAAAAUGGAGAGCGAGAACGACUAAGGCUGGGCUGGAACCCGCAUGGCUGCGCUGGCCGGCACCGGCCCCCUCACUUUGCUGCCGCCAGGGCGAGACGUGCUGGCAGCUGUGUGCCCCCACAUCUCCGGACUGCCCUCGCUGCUGGGGACCUGCCACUGCCCAGACUGAAAAUGCAGCACCUCCAGAGUGCCCCUGCCCUGGCUGGGGCAUGGGAGGUGGCUGGAGGUGGCUGGCGGUGGCUAUGCCUGGUGCUGCCAGUGCUGGAUGUGCCAGCUCCGAGCCACCUCGCCCAGCACCUGCAGCUCCUGUCCUGUAAAAACAGAAGUGUCUGGACUGCGGUGCCAUGAAAAUGCUCACCGGCAGGACAGGGGCACGGCCGGCGGGCGAGGGGCUGCUGCCCAGCCACGCGGAGGAGGAUGCGGAUGCAAAGCAGGACCAGGAAAGCCGCGGGGUGCCCAUGGUGAGGGAGCCCCUUCCUCUGCAUGCUGCGGGGACAGCUGAGCAGGGAGCCCCCAGGCACACCCCCAGCAUCUGCUGGGGGGAGCGGUGGUCGCUCCCACAUCUGCAGAGAGGCUUAGGAAGCGCCUUUUAAAUGAAGUUCCUCCCCAUCAGAUAAAAGCCCAUUUAUUUAUUUUUCUAUGCUGUGGAAAUGGUCUGUGCAAGCACUCGCUCCUGGAACUGCGUGCAGUCGCCUUCGGGUCCCUGCUGCACCAAAAGGAUUUUGGCAGCAGUGAGGGGCAGGCUGGCGGUCCCAGGGAGCUGCGGCGACAGAAGCUGAAUCCUGAGGUGGAGCAUGAAGGAGAGCAGCCCCCCUUCCACUUGUGGCAUCUCCCAGCUGCUGGCUCAGUAACUGGUGCCGGAUUUCUUCAUCUCACCUGCUGAGCACCCAGGGAUGGCGUUGCCUGGCCUGGGGCCACGCUGCACCGUGUCCCCAAAGAAAACAUCCAUGCUCAGCCCGUGCCUCAGAGAAGAUGUUUUGAGGCAUGCACCUCAGGUGGAUGGACGGACAGAUGGAAGGAUGGAUGGAAGGAAGCUCCUCAGGUGCGUGGUCAGCUGUGGAGGUUCCCCGUGUGCCCAGCUGCCCCGCACUGGUCUCAAUAAACAUUUUGGUAGUGCUCCAUGCAGAUGCCUCUUUGGGACCUGCUGGGGGAAGCUGCUCAGCCCAGAGCCAGGCUGGGGCCAUGCCGUGAGCCUCUGGGGCUGCCCGCACCUCCUGGCUCACUGGGCUCCAGCAGCGAGGCCGUGCGUGCCGCAGGGGGUGCAGCGAGGAUGGAGCAAGGAUGGGGCUGGAGCUGCGUGCCACCACGCAGUGCACAGUGCUCAGCGCCCACUGCACGCUGGCUCCUGGGUUUUGUUUCAGGGGGAUGCAGGUGAUGGAGCAGCAGGUGGGGCAGGGCUCGGGCCAACAUCUCCCUGUGCAACAUCCCCAGCCGUGGGGCUGAAGCUCUUUGUCACACGGCGGUCAGUGUCACGGUGCAUCUUUGGAACAGCCUGGAGCUGCCUCGUAUCCGUCCCAGCACCCUGCCUCUGCUCCCCAGAGCUGCUGUUUCCUUCCCUGGGGGCCGGUAGCAGGGCAGGGGGAGCCAACCCCCGGAGCAGAGGGCUCAGCACCGCUGCAUGCAGCACAUCCUGUGGAGGAGGUGCAGAAAUCAGCUCCCCGGAGAUGUGAGCACAGGACUUCCCAUGGGCCAGGCAGCUGAUUUCUGACUCCCAUCCCUGCCAGCUGGCCCCGAGGGGCGGCUGGCUGACCCUUGGUGCUGUGGGGGGGCUCCUUGCACACCACAGCCGGCCACCUCCAGCCUUGCAGGGCCGGGGGAGAUGCAGGCAAUACCUGCCAAGCAAAGCCGAGAAGCUGCUGCGGUGCGUGGGCAGCCACAGGCACGUCCCUGUCCCCUCCUCGCUUCCCGGGAGCGCCCGCAGGUUCCCAGAACGCCCGCCCACGGGGGACAAGGCUGCUGGCACGCCAAGGGCUGCGGUUUGCAGUUGAAUUUGGGGAUAACUGAUCGAAGU